CACCCAUGCCUACACCAACAUCACCCGCGACCCCGCGGCGCAAGAAGGCCUCGUUUGACACGCAAGACUCACCUCUGCGCCCGAGUCUGAAGAUGAACCGCAAUGACGAUGCGGCGGAGCGCGCCGCGCGGCGCAAGUCGGCGCAUUUCGCGGCCGACGUCUCCGCCGCAAACAAGGAGAACGCGGCAUCGCCGCGCGCGCGCCAGGUGUCGGGCCCUCUGGCUGGCGCCCGUCGCAAGCGUCUUUCAGCUGUCGCCCCCCUUGCCCCUGUGUCUAUGGAGGUCAUGAACACGAACUUCGAGGAGUGGAUGAAGCUCGCGACGGACAACAAGAUCACGGCGACGAAUACAUGGAACUUUGCGCUCAUCGACUACUUCCACGACCUGACGUUGCUGAGGAACACGGACGACCAGAGCAUCAACUUCCAGAAGGCGAGCUGCACUCUCGACGGGUGCGUCAAGAUCUGGACGAGCCGUGUCGACUCCGUUGCGACGGAGACGGGCAAGCUGCUCUCGGGUCUUGCGGGCGGCGGAGGCGAGGAGGAGGGGGAGGGGGAGGAAGACGAGGAAGGCGGUGCACCGAAGGUGACUCGCAAGACUGCGCGGUCUGAAGCAACGCUGGCCAAGUCCUUUGCCGCACUACAGGUCAAGAAGUUUGACCUCGAGUUUACCGUCGACCCGCUGUUCAAGAAGACGAAGGAGGACUUCGACGAGGGCGGUGCUGGCGGCCUGCUGAUGAACCAUCUGGGCAUCGACGGCACUGGCCGAGUAGUAUUCGACGCGGGCGACGCCGUCGUGGAUGAUGACGAAGACGAGGAGGAAGACGACACAAUGGUGGACGUGUCUGCGCUGCGCGAGUUCAUUCCAACGCCCGAGCGCGCCGCCGAUCUCACAAUUUCGGAAACGCUCGGCGCAUUCCGCUUCGCUUCCAACGCGGAGGACAUCGAUUUGGCGGCGAUCACCGGCCUAAAUUCGUUCGCGGAUGAGCCCGAGCGCGAGGAGACGCCCGUGGCAACUGGGGAGGCGCACGAUUUCUUCGGCGAUGAAGACUACGACGCGCCGGCCGCAUUUGAUGGCGAUGACGACGAGGGCGAGGGGAUCGGCCUCGUGGAUGAUGUGUUUGGCUCGGCGCCGGCGCCCGCCGCCCCUGGCGCUGGGGGUGCCCCACGGCAAGACCUCUUCAUGGCGUUCGUGGACGGCGACGACGGCGGCGGCAUGUUUGACUACUUUGACCGGGGGAUGGCCAAGGGUUGGGCGGGCGCCGAGCACUGGAAGCUGCGCAAGGUGGCGCGGAAAGACCCUAUUCCCGUUGCCGCAGCCAGGGAGAAGAAGGCGGCCAAGGAACCGUUUGCGAUCGACUUCGGGGCGGAUGGCGAAAAGAGUACGAAGGAGCUCUUUGCGCGCGGGACGCGUGCGGCCAUCUCCCUUCCACGUACGAAGCGAAAGCGCGUGCGCGACGAGUUCCUCCUUCCCGAGGACAUGCACUUCAGUUCGCGGCAACUGCUGCGACUCUUCCUCAAGCCGAAGUUUGCUGUGCGGCGGCGACCGGGCGUCGCUCAAAGCGGCGAUGGGGAGAUCGACGAGACGUUUUGGGCGGCCGCGGCGGAGGCGCCGGCCGACGAGGGCGAGGGCUUUGACGCGCCGGCGCCGUUCGAGAGCCAGUUCUUCCAUGACGACGGGGACGACGAGUUCGUGGAUGCGGCUCUGGAGCCGGCGUUCGGCGACGAUGAGGACCAGGACCAGGACCUGCAGCUUGGCGGGGAAACGUUACGGCGCGCACGGCCGGAGAACGUCCAUUAUGCCAAGAAGGCUAAGCGCGUCGACGUCAAGCGCCUCAAGGACGACAUCUGGGACGGCCUCAAGUCUCUUGUGGAUCCCAAUAUGCCACCGCUCAUCCCCGAUGAUGGGCCAAGCGAGAGCGAGGCCGAGGCGACUCCGGCGACGCCCGUCAAGACUUUCGACACCGUCAUCCAGAGCCUCCGUGGCGCAUAUCCCAAGGACAAGAUGAGCGAGAUUUCGACCAGCUUCUGCUUCAUCUGUCUCCUUCACUUGGCAAACGAGGAAGGGUUGCGAAUCGAGAGCGCGCGCACGGAUGGGAACGAGGGUCUCGACGUGGGGCUGCGCGGCUACGCCGAUGAGGAAGGUUUGCCGGCGGGCAUCCCCGAGAUGGAGAAGAGCGAGCGGGUGGUUGGCGAGCUGCAGGCUCUCAAGGUGUUUAAGGACCCGACAGCAGGUCGGGCGGCGUAAUGUUAUUCUGGACAGUCCAGCUGCUACUAUACAUAACUUGCUAUUGCUAUCGGAAGACAUUCUGCACACGGCGGUGCAGCUCGUCUGGCGUUUGGCGGAGGUACUUGUCGUACCCCUUCGAGUGCGCCUUUGUCCAGAACGAUGCGUAUCCUUGACGCACAAAGUCGCUGACUUCGGCGCCGAUGCGCUCGC